AUGGCGUCUCCAAAUGGAGGUGAAGAUUUUGAAACCUCUUUGCUCAGUUUUGAGAAGCUGGACAGAGCGUCACCUGACCUAUGGCCUGAGCAGCUGCCUGGAGUUGCUGAAUUUGCUGCCUCUUGUAAAAAUCCCAUCACAAAUUCCCCACCGAAGUGGAUGGCUGAGCUUGAGAGCGAAGACAUUGAGAUGUUAAAAGAGUUGGGUAGUUUGACAACAGCUAAUCUCAUGGAGAAGGUCAAAGGCCUCCAGAACCUUGGAUACCAACUGGGUUUAGAAGAAUGUGAGCCUGAAGGUCACCCUAUCCUGACAGUUCCUAAUGGCCCCGCUUUCGGCACCUCCUCCUCCGCACCCCCAGGAUCAAUCUCCGGCCUAUUAGAAGCACGCUACCGUUGA